AUGGCGACCUUGCGGAGCUUGUAUAGGUCGGAUCAUGCAGAUCGACCAGAGUUCAACACAAACUUCAAUGUUGACUAUGUGAUUCACUACCACAUCCCGCCCGAGGAUUCGACCAAAGCAGAAGCUGCCUUUGUGCAACUCAUCGAGGCGCUAUCCAGCGUAGGGCUCGCCACAGAAGUCCGCCGCGGCGACAACUCAUCUCUUCUGGUCUUCGUCAAGGUCGCCUCCGAGGACCUUCUCAAGCAGCAUGCGUACCGGUACAGGGUUCAGGACUGGCUGUACGGUGUUCGCACUUCAGCACCCAGCAAGGACCUCACCUCCUACUUCCAGGAGCAGCCAGUUUCCGAGGCUGAGAAGCUGAGGCUUGUCUACCUCUUGAUCACGAAGCCGUGGAACGAGGGCGGUGCGGGCGUGACACCCGGGUCCGGCCAGUGGAAAUCUGUCAAGUCAAUCUUCCCACUCCACAACCACUCAUCCAACAGGCAGUGGAUCAAGAAGUUGAGCACCAAGUACUUCAUUGAGGAGGACGACAUCAACCAGAUACGCGACAAGUUCGGAGAGCAGAUCGCUUUUUACUUUGCCUUCUUGCAGGCCUACUUUUCGUUUCUCAUCUUCCCUGCUGCCUUCGGUUUCGGCGCUUGGCUAAUUCUAGGCCAGUUCUCGUGGUUCUACGCCGUCGUGAACUGCCUGUGGUCUGUGGUGUUCUUCGAGUACUGGAAAAAGAAGGAAGUCGAUCUCGCUGUCCAGUGGGGUGUGCGGGGGGUCUCUCGUAUCCAGCAUCCUCGCACACAGUUCCAGUUUGAACGGGAGGCCCAAGAUCCGGUCACCGGCGAGAUCAUCAAGGUCUACUCUCCAUUCAAGAGGCUCCAGCGCCAGCUGCUACAGCUCCCCUUCGCCAUAGUGUGCCUGCUUGUCCUUGGGAGUCUCAUCAUUUCCUGCUUCUCGAUCGAGAUCUUCAUCUCCGAGGUCUACAACGGCCCCUUCAAGCAAUACCUCGUGUUCUUGCCCACUCUUCUUUUAUCAGUGUUCAUGCCGGCACUGACCACUAUUCUUACGAACCUGGCGGAGAAGUUGACUCACCUAGAGAACUACGAGACACAUGAUUCGCACCAAGCGGCCUUUGUCCAGAAGAUGUUUGUUAUCAACUUCAUCGUCUCUUAUCUACCCAUCAUCCUGACGGCAUUUGUCUACGUCCCCUUCGGCAAGAUUCUCGUGCCUUACCUCGAUGUCUGGCACGUUACUGCUCAACAUUUUACGAGCGAUGGCAAAGUGGAGAUCCAACCCUUUGAGAUCAACCCAGAUAGGCUCAAGAAACAGAUCAUUUAUUUCACCGUGACAGCGCAGGUUGUCAACCUGCUCCUGGAGAGCGUGGUGCCUUUGAUCAAGCGCAAGGUCUUCAAAGCGGUCAAGGAAGUGCAGACCGCCAAGAAUGGCACUCCCCGACCUGAGGACCCUGAGGAAGAAGCAGCAUUCCUCCAGCGCAUUCGAAAUGAGGCAGAGCUGGACAAGUAUGACGUGACAGUGGAUUAUCGCGAGAUGGUGGUUCAGUUUGGUUAUUUGUCAUUAUUUUCUGUGAUCUGGCCCCUGACUGCCUGCUCUUUCCUCGUCAACAACUGGAUUGAAGCUCGAUCUGAUGCAAUGAAGAUCGCUAUUGGCAGCCAGAGACCGGUUCCCUGGAGAUCUGAUUCCAUCGGUCCUUGGUUGACCUCGCUGGGAUUCCUGUCGUGGCUCGGAAGCUUGACGAGCGCCGCGAUUGUCUACUUGUUCAACAAAGACCCAUAUGGCCCUGAUGGUGUUCCAUCCAACGUCACAGGCUGGGCUUUACUUCUCAGCAUCCUGUUCGCUGAACAUCUCUACCUCGUCGUCCAGUUUGUCGUCCGCUACGUGGUUGGCAGCUUGGACAGCCCUGGAUUGCAGAAAGAGCGUGCUGAACGGUUUGCAAUGCGCAAGCUGCAUCUCCAGGAGACGCUGGGUGAAGACUUUGCGGAGAACGCAGCUGCAGCGAAUUUGAGCGCCGGCGAGAAGAUCACUCGCGAGGCUCUCGAGGAAGAGGCUCGCAAGGCAUCCAUCUCCGGCUCGGGAACGCCCGAACAGCUUUUCUGGCAGCGACAGCGCGGUGCCGCUGAAACUAUCCAGAUCGGGCGAGGGCUGAUCUCCGAGGCCGCGGCUGCAAACAAGACAAAGGCACAAUGA